CAGUCCGUAGCCAGACGCCAUCGAUACCGGCCGUCGGCCAUUUUUAAAAAAGUUACCGCGUUUUUUUUUACUCGUGUUGAAAAAGUUUGUCAUUGUAGCGUAUUAUAAUUAUUAUAAAUAUUCAUUGUGUUAAUUAACGCUGUAGUGUUUUGUGGAUACAAAAGACAUCACGUGCCUUUACAAAAGUGAAUAUUGUAACAAUUUAUGGCUGGACUGUUCAAAAAGUUUAAAAAGCCGAAACAAGAUGGCCGCCACAGUGUGUACAGCAGUGUUUAUUCCAUGGUGUCCUGCAGUGACCUGACGCCAGGCAGCCUCGAGGUGUGGGUGGAUCUACCGGACACCAUCAAGUACGACCCGUCGUUGGCACCGUUCAAGCAUCUGUACGAGCAACACCAUGGAAAACUUGACUCCACGGAGAAUCAUGAUGGCGACAAAUCAAUAUUUACCAAAAACCCCACGGAAAUCAGUAAAAGUAAAGAAAACGUAGCUAAUAAUGAUGUUCCCACUAAGGGAUGUGAUACUAGAUUAGUGGAGCCUAUACAGACACAAGAGGCGAAAAAAGUCAGAUCAGCGAGAAAAAAGCAGGUAGACCGCACGCUGAAGAUCAUCAAGCUGUCGAUACUGGUGGCAGGUUGGGUGUUCCUCACAGUAUCUUUGCUCCUCAAUAGUGAAAGGACUGACGUGGUGCUGCAUACAGCUGUGAAAGAAGGAGAAGUUAAAGUAUAUCCGUUAAACUGCACCCUAAGGCGAGUGACCCUAAAAGCGACCUUAACGGGUCCUUUUGACCAAACGGCGGGGAAUGACACUGAUAAUAUUCUCCAAGUUUGGCUGGAGCGGACUUUCGAAAAUUACACAGAGGAACAUUUUGAAAAAUUCCAGAGCUCCCUGCCCUGGUCGGUGCGACUGAGGUCCGAUGACGUCAUCGACUUUGCCGAAAGUGCUACUGAUACUAAGACCCUGGUGCUGGUGGGACGGUUGAAUGUUUCGGACAGUGAGAACGACGUCUUUAACAGGAACGGUUCGGAGCUGUCGCUCCGAAUGCAGUCAUCCAGCAACGCAACAGUCCCUCUCACUGUCAGCUAUGUCAUGAGUCCUUUGGAAGAGAGAGACGGCCUCAUAUACUCAACCAUUCUACUGUGCACUUUAUAUAUCCUCGUCAUAUUUGAGGUUGUAAACCGCACAAUCGCCGCGCUCCUCUCCUCGUCUCUUUCCGUGGGGGUCCUGGCCCUCACGGGCUCCCGACCCUCGCUGCCGGAGCUGGUCUCCUGGCUGGAUGUGGAGACACUACUUCUGCUGCUGAGCAUGAUGCUGCUGGUCGCCAUAUUGGCUGAGACCGGCUUGCUGGAUUACUUGGCUUUGAUGGCGUUUGAGGUGACAGGAGGUCGCACAUGGCCACUCAUCAACUGCUUGUGUCUCUUCACCGCCGUCUUCUCCACGUUCCUGGACAACGUGACCACUGUGCUGCUCAUGACACCAGUCACCAUCAGGCUCUGUGAAGUGAUGCAACUGAACCCAGUGCCAGUCCUGAUGUCGAUGGUGAUCUUCAGUAAUGUGGGGGGUGCCGCCACUCCCGUGGGGGAUCCCCCCAACGUCAUUAUAGCCAGUCACCCCGCUGUGCUGAGAGAGAACAUAAACUUCACGACGUUCACGCUACACAUGGGUGUGGGCAUCUUGCUUGUGUGUGUGCAGACAUAUCUACAACUACGAUACAUGUUUCGGGACCUAAACAAAUUAAGACACGACGUGCCCAGGGAGAUACAAGAAAUGCGUCAAGAAAUAGCGGUGUGGAAGCGAGCAGCUGGCUCCUUGUCUUUGUAUUCCAGAGAUGAGGAUAUUGUAAGGAAAGCUCUAGAAAAGAAGGUAGAACGAUUGAAUGCGGCGUUGCUGAAGAGAGAGGCGGGCGGCGGCGUCAACAAGACUGACCCCAAGUUCUGCUCCACCCUGGCACAGAUGAAACAGAAGUAUCGCAUCAGAGACAAGCCCCUCCUCGUCAAGUCGUGUGUCUGCGUGUCUUUCGUCGUGAUUGUCUUCUUCCUACACGCCUUCCCUUUCCUACAGCGGCUGUCUCUCGGCUGGACUGCGCUGCUCGGCGCGCUGUUGCUGCUGUUGUUGGCAGACAUCCAGGACCUGGAGCCGAUCCUGGCCAGGGUCGAAUGGUCCACGCUGCUGUUCUUCGCCGCGUUGUUCGUGUUGAUGGAGGCCUUAUCUAAACUGGGACUUAUCGACUGGAUCGGCAAGCUAACGGGGUCUCUCAUCUUACAAGUAGGCGAAGAGUCCCGUCUCACGGUGGCCAUCAUGCUCAUAUUGUGGGUUUCGGGUCUAGCGUCGGCGUUCGUGGACAACAUUCCUCUGACGACUAUGAUGGUCCGGGUGAUAGCAGGUUUAGCAGACCCGGCAGGCCUGGCCCUGCCUCUAGCCCCACUGGCCUGGGCCCUUAGCUUCGGAGCCUGUCUUGGAGGCAACGGCACUUUAAUCGGCGCGAGCGCUAACGUAGUGUGCGCGGGAGUCGCCGAGCAGCACGGCUACCGUUUCACCUUCCUGCAAUACCUGCGUGUCGGUUUCCCGGUCAUGCUGGGUAACCUACUCAUCGCCACAGGUUACCUUCUACUCUGCAACGCUGUUGGAUGGCACUGAUAUAAACGUAGUGUGCGCGGGAGUCGCCGAGCAGCACGGCUACCGGUUCACCUUCCUGCAAUACCUGCGUGUCGGUUUCCCGGUCAUGCUGGGUAACCUACUCGUCGCCACUGGUUACCUUCUACUCUUCGAUGCUAUUGGAUGGCACUGACGACAACCUUUAACAUAUUCGCUGCCAGCGACCCGCUAGACGGGUUCUUUAACCUCUCGUCUGUACAUAAUCCACAAUGAAUUUUUAGUCAUCUUCUUGCUUUAUUUUAUGGGAAUGAAUUUUUAUACGGCGGUCGUGACGAAAAGAUACGAUACGAAAAAUUCUUCUGGUAAAAAUAUAUAUACAUUUUAUGUUACACACAUUUCUCCAUUUUUAUUUUCUCUAUCCUUAUAUCUCUUUUACGAUUAUUUAUUAUUUUUAAAAAUAGAUUUUAUUAUAUCUUUAUGAAAAUCUAAAAAUGGCAGUCUAAUGCGAUCAGAUUAUACAAAAUAUCACAAAUUAUAUAUUAUUAAUUUACUAAUACUGUUAUUAGCUAUAAUUAUUAUUAGUUGUUAUUCAAAUUUUAUUAUUAUUACAAAGAGAAUUGUAAAUAUAAGUUUUAUUUUUACGUGAUAAUGCUAAGUGAAAUAUAUUUAAUGAAUUGUA